AUGGCCGCCUCCCGCGCGCUCUUCACCUCCUCAGCCGCCGUCCCAGGCACCGCCGCCCGACUCGGCCGGCUGGCCCUCCCUGGACGCGCCGCCAUCGAUACGCCCAACUACACCUCCGUCGCCAGCCGCGGCGCCGUGCCGCACCUCACCCCAGACAACAUGACCAGAUACCUGCCGCCGGGACCCGUAUACAUGGCGCUAGAAGAUUUCAUUGAGAAGAAGCAGCCCCCCAUAUACAAGACGCCCGUGACCACCAGGGAGGACCGGCUACACAGCUUCACCGGGCUACCGCUGGACAGCGCCACCAUCAUGGCCGCCCGCCGCAGCCAGUCCGUCACCACGCCGACGGGCAACACCGCCAAGUCGGUCACGCUCUUCACCUCCACGGGCUUCCGCAGCCUGACCGUGCCCGAGUACGCCGAGGCCGCCGCGCUGCUCGCCCCCGACGUCGUCGUGCCCCUGGCCGACCUGCUGCACACGAGCGCCUCGCCGCCGUCCAAGAAGCUCGUCCGCAUGGUGGAGCGGACCGAAGACUGGGUGGACCAGUUCCUCGAGGCCACGCAGCAUUCACCCGGCACCUCACCGCGGCCCAGCGCCGUGUUCGCGCCGGUGCUGGCCGUCGAAUACCCACUGCAGUGGUCGUACCUGCAGCACCUCGCCGAGGACCUCGUCGGCUCGCUCUCCGGCCUGGCCGUCUACGACACGAAGCUGCUCGCUGACCUCAUCCCCAACUACGCGCCGCUGCGCCCGCUGCCCCGGUUGUCCCUCGAGCCCCCCAAGACGCCGCAUGACGUACUCCGGCAGGUCGCCCUCGGCGUCGACCUCUGCGUGCUGCCGUUCAUCAACGCCGUCUCCGACUCCGGCGUCGCCUUCACCUUCACCUUUCCCCCUCCACCUGCAGACACCACGCCGCGGCCGCUGGGCGUCAACAUGUGGUCCGAGGAGCACGCCACCUCGCUGGAGCCGCUGAGCCCCGGCUGCGCGUGCUACGCGUGCGCGGCGCACCACCGCGCGUACCUGCGGCACCUGCUCAACGCCAAGGAGAUGCUGGGCUGGACGCUGCUGCAGGUGCACAACCACUACGCGAUGGGGCGCUUCUUUGAGGGCGUGCGCGCGGCGCUGCAGGAUGGCACGUUUGGCGAGGCGGCGGCGCGGUUCGCGGCGGCGUACGAGGCCGAGUUCCCGGAGGGCACGGGUGAGAGGCCCCGCGCGCGGGGGUACCACUUCAAGAGCGAGUACGGGCAGGAAAAGAUCAACAAGACGACGUGGAUUGACGUCGAGGCGACGCUGGCGGCGCAGCCGGAGUCGGAGGCAUGA